AGUGAAGCUGGUGCUGCAGAUGAUUUUGAUGCUGUUCGGUACCUGCGUUGUCGGAGUCUGACAUUACCAAGUGUUUAACCCCUAGUGACAAGGUUGGGCUUGUCAGUGCCUGAAAUAAUGGCUGAACCUGAACUACUUUUGGACUCCAAUAUUCGCCUGUGGGUGGUUUUGCCUAUUGUGUUCAUCACUUUCUUUGUGGGAGUCAUUCGACAUUACGUCUCAAUCUUGUUACAGAGUGAUAAAAAACUCACACUUGAGCAGGUGUCAGACAGCCAGGUUCUUAUCAGAAGUCGAAUAUUGAGAGAAAAUGGGAAAUACAUCCCCAAACAGUCUUUCCUGAUGAGGAAAUUCUACUUCAAUAGCCAAGAGGAUGGAUUCUUCAAAAAGACAAAAAGGAAGGUGGUGCCACCAUCCCCAAUGACUGACCCAAGUAUGUUGACGGACAUGAUGAAAGGCAAUGUGACAAAUGUUCUUCCAAUGAUUCUUAUUGGUGGCUGGAUCAACUGGACCUUUUCUGGAUUUGUCACAACCAAGGUGCCAUUUCCUCUCACACUUCGUUUCAAGCCUAUGCUACAACAAGGAAUAGAGUUGCUUUCACUGGAUGCAUCCUGGGUAAGCUCAGCAUCCUGGUAUUUUCUGAAUGUAUUUGGACUAAGAAGCAUGUAUUCUUUGAUUCUUGGACAAGACAAUGGUGCUGAUCAGUCGCGCCUCAUGCAGGACCAAAUAAGCGGUGCUGCUAUGGCGAUGCCUGCCGACACAAACAAAGCAUUCAAGGCUGAAUGGGAGGCAUUAGAGCUGACUGACCAUCACUGGGCAUUGGACAGUGUGGAAGAGGACUUGAUGAGCAAGGACUUGGACCUCUCUGGCAUGUUCAGCAAAGACUUACCAACUGGCAUGUUCUAAAUAGCUGUUGGUCUGUGGAAAGACAUUAAAGGGCAUCACUUAUUACCUGUAAUUAUGAUCACAUUGUACGGACCAGUCUAAAAUGAUAGUAAACAUCUUAGUGAUUAUUUUUGAACGACUGUAUAAACCUCACAGAUAGACAUAAGUCAGAAAUUGUCAUAACCUUGCACUGUUUGUCAGAUAUGUUCUGUUUAAGUAUUCUGAAAAUGUUAAUGAAAUGCUUUGAGAGUCAACUUUUCUAUUCCAUCUCGAUUUGCGUUUUCAGCUGUAAUAUAGCAAACUGCAAUGCAACUAUUAAAUUAAUUACUUACAGUCCUGAGUUUGGGUGGAAGUACUGCAAAAAGUUUAGGUUAAUUAACUAGCAAGUUAGUGUCUAGUGUAAAGUAUGUUUGAACUGUAAUUUUAGUUUAAUGAGUUGAAUUUGAAUGUAAUCUUUUUUUGCUCUUUAAAACAUUUAAUAUUUUUCAUUUUCUUCAACCACUGUAUCCUUGUCAAUCACAGAGGGUCCAGUUCCACUGAAACACUGGUUGCAAAGCUUGAUAUUGCCAGUCAUGCUUGUGUAGUGAUUGCACCGCUAAGAUUCGAACUCUGAUCUCAAAAGUUGUGGGCUUCCUCUUUAAAACAUUCCUUUAUAAUUAUUAAUGUUUUUUUAACGUUACCUUAGUGAGAUUAGUUUUUUUUGGAUUGUACUUUGUAAAAUGACUUAUACACUAAAACAUUUGUCAGUGUUUAUCUUUGUAAACAUGUUAAAAACUGUGCACAAAAAAAUCUCCAAAAUCAUCCUGUUGGAAACAUUUGCACUUCAGAUUUUCAGUAAAUACGACUCCCAACUGUGUUGAACACAUCAGUACCAGAAAUUUGUUUUAAAUACUUUGUUGUACUUAAUUAACCAUCGUUCAUUUGUGUGCUUAGUUUUGUUUAUUUGACUUAUUUAUUUGUUUUAGAACAUAUUUGUAAAGUAAACCUCAACAUCAUUAUGCACCUGCAAAAAAGAGUUCAUUUCAAAUACAAGUUUUAU